AUGAGCUGUCACAUAUGCACCUCUGCCCACUCCCGCCUGCCAUUCCUCUGUCCCACAUGUGCCCGCAGUCGUCUUUAUCAGCUGCGCCUAGAAAACACUCGGGUUCUUCUGGAAAAAGAGAGCCUGGGCCGACAGAUCGAGCGUGCGGUCUCCCAGGAGUUCCCUCAGAACCCACAAUCAGCGCCCGGUGAGGGGCUCAACGCAAAUGAUCACGAGAGCUCUCGGCGCUGGACCCUCCAGACGAUUGCCAGUCGCCAAGCUGCCUCAUCAUCCAGAAGAGAAAAUCUUGGUCAACAAAUUGAAGCCCUGAAAGAGGAAGUCAAGGCUAAGAAGGCUGACAUCUCUGAGCGCAAGGCGAACUUGUCCCGCAGGCGUUCCGAUGCUGAAUCCGCCCAGUACCAGCUCGAGGGGCGGGAAGCCGCGAUCUUGACUGGAGUUCAGAAUACCUCCAAACGAGCAGAACAUCUUUGGCACAAUCUCCAUAGCAAGACAGCCGAAGCGCGCAUCUUCCUUUGCCGGGAGGCGGCCCAUCUCUACGGUCUACGACAAAAAACCUCGAGGAAGAGCGAUGGUCGGCAAAGCUAUGUCCUGGGUGGCAUAGCGAUAGUCGAUCUGAAGGAUAUGAAUGGUCCCACACCAGCUCAAAUCUCUACAUCGCUAUCCAACAUCGCCCACCUCCUGGUCCUUGUCUCGCACUAUCUCUCCCUUAGACUCCCAGCGGAAAUCACCCUGCCUCACCGGAAUCAUCCUACCCCCACAAUAUAUUCCCCUGCCGCAUCAUACCAUUCGCGAGAGCCAUCCAACGGGUCUGAUACUCCCCACUCUUCGACAUUUGGUCCAACUGCGUCGAAAACAACAGAGCCACGCACCCAGCCACGACCCAGACCGCUCUUCAUUGACAAACCCCUUCCCCGGCUAGCCAAGGAAGAUCCUGGAACAUAUGCUCUCUUUCUAGAGGGUGCCACACUCCUCGCUUGGGAUGUAGCCUGGCUGUGCAGGACCCAAGGAAUUAACUUGACCUCUGACUCGUGGGAGGAAGUUUGCAACAUCGGGAAAGGCAUGUGGCAGCUGCUAGUUGCCCCCCUGCUCAAACAUCCACCUUGA